UCUACCUUCACAUCUCUAGAAACCGGAGGCUUUUCUUCAGAAACAUCCUGAAAAUCGGGUUCUGGUGGCGUUUAAAACCCUGCGGAUACCCUGUGAAUUUCAUUCAGUGUUGGAGCUCCUAAACAAACACACACACCUGUGAUGCCAGAGCAACAGAACGAGGCGCUGAUUCAGCGCGUGCCAAGCGAAGAGACCAUCAUGAGCCCGGGAUCCUCACGGAACUCUAAUGGUAAAGCGCUGAAGGUGGCUGGGCUGACGGUUCUGGCGUGUCUUCUGCUGGCGGGUCAGGCGCUGACCGCUUACUUCGUCUGGGGUCAGAGAGAGCACAUCAACGCUCUGAGCGACGGACAAGAGAAACUGAAGAGUGAGCUCACCCGCAAAAUGUCAGCUGGAGCUCCAAAGGUGAUGCAGCUGCCAAUGCAAAGUUUGCCUCUGCUGAAGGACUACAGCGAUGAGACAUCCGACAAGAAACAGAGCGUUCCCCUCAUGAAACUGCACCCAGCUUUUCUGAACCCGAGACAGGGCAGUGGACUAGUGGGAGAAGCUUCUAGACUGAUGCCGAAGAGAAUUCAUCAUCCCAUGAUGAGUAUGCCACUGCUGAUGGACCCAGAGGAAGAGGUGAAGGGCACACCUGCUGCAGCCGUUGAGCUGCAGAGCAAAUGUCAGCUGGAGUCGAUGAGGGAGGUGAAACCCGGAUUCUUCCGCCCUCAGUGUGACGAGCAGGGCAACUAUCUGCCCAUACAGUGCUGGCACAGUACCGGAUACUGCUGGUGUGUGGACAAGGACGGCAACGAGAUUAAGGGAACACGCAUCCGUGGAAGACCACAGUGUGGCUCAGCUGACAUUCUCGAGUGAGGUCAGUGUUUCUAACGAAGGUCAUCUCCACCGACAACUCUGUGAGAUCUUCAAAAACAUAAAGUCACGGAAACAGUUUCUCCUAUCCUGAUAAGCUUUAUUAACUCUGUCCCAGCGAUAAUUCAGUUCACGUAGACAUUGUUAGAUGGGAGCGUCUGAAUAAUCCCAAAAUCGUUCUACUUAAGAUCUCUUUAUAUUUGUGUUCAGAAUACAUGUGCACAUAUAAUAUAUCUAAGAGAUGUUAUUGCUAUUCUAACCCUUGUUCUAAUGUUAAGUCUUCUAUUGUGUAAUGUCAUUACUGUAUACGUGUUCAGAGAUGAAUAUCAGAGUGAUUAUGUAAAUAUGAGGUCUGUAAUAAACACAUGCUCUUUGCAAA